AAAUUUCAUUACAAUUUUCACAAAUUCCGAAUUUUGCAAUCCCCAAAUCGCAAUUCCUCCGAUCAACGCACCGCCGUAACGCCGUCCUUUCCGUCGUCAAAUUAGGGUUUCUAUGUCGAACUUCCAUUCAACCUCCGCGGCCGCCACUUCAUCGUCCAGCCAAUACACCUACUCCGCUGCCACCACGCCCUAUUUUCCGACGCCAUUUCACCUCCAACAAACGCCUCCCCCGCCCCCUGCUCCUUACAUCGGCGCCGCCCCUCCGCCUCCCGUCUACCCCACGCAACCCACCGUUUACGCCUUGCCGCAAUAUCAGCAGGCCCAACAGUUGUUUCAGAGAGAUGCACAGACAAUAACACCAGAAGCUCUUGAGAGUGUGAAAGCUGCACUUGCUAACAGUGAUAUUGAGCACAAAGCAGAGACCAAGAAGAAGGCAAUUCCUAGGAAAGCGGCAGGGCAGAGCUGGGAGGAUCCCACUCUUGCAGAGUGGCCUGAAAAUGACUAUCGUCUAUUUUGUGGUGAUCUUGGAAAUGAGGUGAACGAUGAUGUGCUGUCAAAGGCUUUUGCAAGGUUUCCUUCCUUUAACAUGGCAAGGGUUGUUAGAGAUAAGCGUACUGGGAAGACAAAGGGCUAUGGAUUCAUCAGUUUUGCUAAUCCUAGCGAUCUUGUGGGAGCGCUGAAAGAAAUGAACGGAAAAUAUGUCGGAAACCGCCCGAUCAAGCUUAGGAAGAGCACGUGGACGGAAAGGACUGAUACUGAAGCUUUGGGAAGACAGAAGCACCAUUAUCAGAAGAAGACGAAGCAACCAAAGAAAAGUGUCUUGCACAAAUGAACCCAGCAUCAAGAAUACUGGAUGUUGGAUUUUAGUAUUUCUGGACUGCCAAUGAGAAAGAGAGGAGAGAGAACUAACUAAGAUUUACUCAAAUAUUGCUAUAUGUUAUCACAAUCAUUUGAUUGACACAACUGUAAAAAAGAUGAAUCUUGUCUCAUUUGUAUCAUGAUGUUUGGAAUGUUGCUUUGUUUUUCCAAA